AUGGGAUUUUUUAUUGACGGCAAGGACUGCAUGAUUUCAGAAUGGGUCUUACUAUGGCUAGCUUAUACAUUCGUCAUUGCACGCGUCUACACACGCCUCUUUCAACUUCGGCAGCGGCUCGACUACUCUGACUACCUGCUCAUCGCGUCGGCUCUUGAUGCCUUGGGGCUGAUUAUCUGCGAUACGCUCACAUUCCAGAUGGGGGUUAUGGACGAAUACCAUACAUCAGAGAAGUUGUCUAAGAUCUCGUUCGCUUCCAAUUACUUCUACGAUUUUGGGCUAGGCCUUCCAAAGCUCAGUAUGAUGGCCUUCUAUUGGGCUUAUCUUGAUUAUGGACGUAAGCCUAAGCUGCGUAAAUUGCUUUGGGGCACCACUGCUUUCGUCAUCAUCUGCUACCUUACUACGCUUUUCGAUGAUACUUUCUUUUGUGGUCACGACGUCUCAGUUCAGUGGUCCCAAAAACAAGGAGCAUGCUCUGUUUUUUAUGCUCGAGAGCCCUUUAUCCUGAACUUUUCACUCGGAUUGGCCUGCUAUCUGGCUAUCUACUUCUUUCCGGUAGUUCUGAUAUUCGAUGGAAUGCUACAGGCGUCUAAGGGAAUCAAAUUCACACUUGCCCUUGGGCUGCUACCGAUAGGCGCCGGGGUGAUACGAUUUAUCUGCCUGAAUGUUGAGACUGGCCAGGAGAAUCUUGUCUAUAUCCUUAGCAUGCUGGAGCUCGCCUUGGCCAUUAUCGUUGCCUGCCUUCCCGGACUCAAGCCACUUUUUGAAAAUCUUCAAAGCAGUAUUAGGGACCGACAUAGAUUCUUGACGGUAUAACAGAACGGUUUUCACUCUAUGCAGCAUUCCUGUUUAAGAACGUGAGAGAGGUGGGAUUAUUGCCUGAGAUUGGCGUAAAAGUCGCCGCUAAAUAUGAAAGCGACACAACUUCGCUCCCUAAAGCAUCCUUCUCAUCAGGAUUAAAGGCUCAAGUUGGUUAAUGGUAUCACGUUAAAUAUUGAUGUUGGUUUGUGGAGUAGGCCCACAUAUAAAAUGGCGUCCCGAAGACACCAGGUGAGGAAGUAGACUUGGGAACAAUAGAAUGAAAGUUCCCAAGAGUUAUGUUGAAGGUUCGGAAGAGAUGUUCUG